AUGGUAAGCAAACUAAAAUAAAAUUCAAAAAAAUAUCUAAAUUUUUAUUUUCAGAACGAAGAAAAGGAAAUCGAAAGAAGUGUUGAGGAUAUGAAAGAAAAAUUGGAAGAAUGGAAUGAAAAAAGAAAGAAAAUUAUUGAAGAAUUUAGAUGGAUUGCAAGGGAAAUUGGAGAUUGGACUUUUGGAACAUCGGUCUCGAAAAUUGUUGGAAAUUCAGUUGGAAUUGCGGGAGCCGCAGCUGUGUUUUUCCCUCCUUUGGCAAUUGGAGGACUCAUUAUGGGAGUAGUUGGAGGUCUAACUCAUACAGUAGCCGAUAUUGCGAAGCGAGAACAUUUGAAGGUACAUGAUUUGUUUUAAAAAGUUUCACAGUUCAAUCAUUCUUAUUUUCAGGAUAAAGCUCGACGUGUUCAAUUUCUUCUCGAUAAUGAUUUGAAGGAUUUUAAUAAUUUGAUCAAACUUCGCGACGAAUUAUUGAAAUCAAUCAAUAAUUAUAUCGAAUAUUAUCCACUUCAAAAUGUGAAACCAGUCGAUUUAUCAAAAUUGAUUACCAAAGUCACAUCACUUCCACUUUUUGGAAAACUGCCAAGUCGAGCUUUUUUGAGAGCAACAGCAGUUGCAAGCAUUCCAUUUGAUGUUGCAUCUCUUAUAGAAAAUAUUCAUGUGAGUUGAUAUGAGUAAAAAAAAACAGAAUUAAUUUCAAAAUAUUUCAGAUUGUUGCUCAUCAAGUUCCAAAUAGUUUCGGAGCGCGGGUUUAUGAAUUGUCGAUCGAAUUGGAAGAACAUCGAAAAUCAGUCAUGGAAUCCUUCAAUCCAGAUGAAUAA